AUGUCGCAGCCAACAAUCAGCAUUGUAGGUGCAGGCAUUGGAGGACUCGCGCUUGGCCGAUGCCUUUCACAGCGUGGCAUACGCGCCAUUCUUUAUGAAAAAGCACCUUCAAGUCCUCGUCACAGCUACGCGAUUACGCUCCAGCCAGCUUCAUAUCGGCCGCUACUUCAGGCAUUGAACAUCGACGAGGGCACGUUCAGAACUCGUGUCGCAGUUGAUGCCGGUAUCGGCGGCUCUGGCGCCAUUAACACCGAAGGGUACGGCUAUCGCAACCUCGAAACGGCAUCAUUUCGAGCACAUCGGGGCAAAUUUGAGGAAUUGUUGAGAGAAGGGCUGGAUGUAAGAUGGGAGCAUACACUGCAGAAUGUGAUUCCAAAUGCAGGCGAUCGACUGAGCCUGAAAUUCGAAAAUGGACAGUCGGCGUCAAGCGACAUCGUCAUUGGAGUCGAGGGUCCCCACUCAACCAUCCGCAAGGAGUUUCUGCCAGCUGAAAACCCGACAAUACUCCCUUAUGUGGUAUUCAACGGCAGGCGAAGGAUAUCCCGAGAACUAUUCGAACGACAUUACGCCGCAGCAUUUAGCAAUACAACGGUUUUGGAACUCAGACGAGAAGCGAUCGUUCUGAACAUCAGCAUCAACGAAGCCAGCCAGGAUGAAGUCAGCAUUAGUUGGAUCUACUCCCGCCCUGCACAGGUGUCUUCUGACGCGCUUCACAAGCCCAACAGGGCGAACGCAGCCGCUAGAGACAUACCUAAGGAGUUCUUUGAAGAGGUCGGGGCGCUGAAAGAGCUAACCCAACCAUUCGCCGAUGUGUUCGACGCUGAGAAGCUGCGCAAAGAGCGAAUCCUGCACUGGCUGAUGCGCAGCAUACUGGUCUCGAAACCCGAGCUACAGCAGUUAGCGGAAAGAGGAAUCUUGCUGAUGGGCGAUGCUGCGCAUGCAGAGCAGAUCAUUGGUGGCGGUGGGGCAAAUGGUGCGAUAGAAGACGGGUUGAAUUUUGCAGACUGGAUUGUAGAGAAGGGCACUGCAGAUCUUACAAGCUGGUACGACACGAGGUAUGCGAGCUGGCAGGACGGGCAAGAGAAGAGUCAGGCGUGUAUUGCGGGUAUACAUGGGGAGCAGAGUACCAGCAAAAAUUCGCUGCAGCACCUGUGA